UUCUCCGUCUUCUACUACGAGAUCCUCAACUCGCCCGACCGUGCUUGCCACUUGGCCAAGCAGGCGUUCGAUGAUGCUAUCGCUGAGCUCGACUCCCUGUCCGAGGAGUCGUACCGUGACAGCACUCUGAUCAUGCAGCUUCUCCGUGACAACUUGACCCUCUGGACCUCGUCCGAUAACGCCGAGGGCGAGGCCGCCGCCGCCGACGCUCCCAAGGAGGACAAGCCCGCCGCCGAGGAGGAGAAGAAGGCUGAGGAGGCCCCCGCCGCCGCCCCUGCUGAGUCCUAAGCGAUUCGCAAACCUCAAAAACGCCUCCUCCAACCGUCUCUGGCCCGUUGACACAUGUGUACGCGGAUUAUUUUGAGGGCGGACUCGCGUCGAUACCCGGGGGAAACGGUUUUGCAGCUUGUGGGAUCGGUCAUGGAUGGUACAUUGGAGUUGGCUUUGAUGAUAGGGCUGGAAGAUGCAGGCCAUGAUUCCCUGGUCGUUUCUUUCGAGGCAUGAGUCGGCAGAGGCUGCGCAUAGUUCGUCAGUCCUUCUGCUUGGCAAUAGCUCUCAGCACGACACAAGGUCUCGUGUUUUCCCUAAGCCUCUGGCUAGUCUGGCAGGCUCUCAUGAAAAUGGUGGCUCGAGGUUCCUCUCGAUGGUCAAUAUGGAUUUUCUUUCCCCUUACAGUGUUUUCCUUGUCAUGUUUUGUCUUUGGUCUCACGAUCCCCCCGAUGUUUGUUUUCAUUGACAACCCUCAACCGCGUACGUGGAAUGGACAUCUUGCUCGAUAUGGUAUUCUCGCGCACAUCAGAAGAGACUGACAAGAUUAACGAUGCCCAUUCCCCCACUGGUAUGGUAUCUGCAGUUGCAUCCCAAGUCCGAACAUUGAAUAUGCGAUACCUGCAUUGCCGUCUUGCAGAUCUAUUGGCUAUGGCCUCCAGUUCCACAGAAUAAACAAAAACUCUUCAGUAA